AUGAUGUUUAUCAAAGAACCCACCAUUAUAGAUUACAAUUCAGCAAGUAUUAAUAAAAAGUUUCCUGAUUUAAAUUUAUAUACAGAAUACAAAGCAAAAAUUAAAAAUUUGAUAAACUAAAUAAACUCUUUGAUCGAAUUGAUAGAAAACAAAUUAAAUAGACUAAAAGAGUUAACAAAUGACAUAAAUAAUUAGAAUAGUUCAAUAGAGAAUAAUCCUCUAUCUAACAUUUAUCAAAAAAGUAAGGAUAUUAUAGAAUUGAAAUUGAAGGAAGGUCAAUCAUUUAUAAAAAUCUAAUUGUUGGAUUGUGUAAAGCAAUUAAACAUAUUUAUUAAUGUAAUAGAAUUUUCGAAACCAGGAGACCUGAUUGAAAUACAAUAAUCUAUCGAAUAGAAUGAGACAUGUUUAGCUAUUGCAUUUAAUAAAAACAAUACUCUUAUGAUAUCUGGAAGUGGAGAAAAUAUUAAAUUAUGGAAAAUAAUUGAUGGAAUAAUUGAAGAAAAAAAUUUAUUAUUAUACGGACAUACAAAAUUGGUUACUUGCUUAGUCUUUACUAAUGAAGAUAAAUAUUUUAUAUCUGGAGGAGAAGAUGGAGAAAUAAGAAUUUGGAAAAAGUUACAGCCUAAUGUUUGGUAAUCAACAAAGCUAGCUGUUUUUAGUAAAGGAGUCAUAGGAGUCUUGUAUAAUCAUUCUAAUCAAUAAAUCAUUAGUAUUGGGAAAGAUCCUCUAAUAAAAAUUAUUGAGAUUAAUUAACAAAAGACGAUGAAGAUUAUUUAAACAUUGGAUUAACACGAAUCUGCGCUUCAUUGUAUUUGCAUGGAUGAAUCAGAAACAUAAAUGGCUUCUUCAGAUUUUAAUAAAUGUAUAAUGAUUUGGAUUAAGGAGAGAAAUGGAAAUUGGCAAUUGAAAUAAAAAGUAAAUUAAUCUACAGGCGAUUACUUUGGACGAAUGGUUUUUAUAAAUAAAUAAACAAUUAUCUGUUAACAAUGGAGUAAACCGAUAUCUUAAGUAUUUUGUGAAGAAAAUGGAUAAUUCAUUCAACAGCCUAAACUUGAAAUUAUAUUAAGUAAUAAUUCAUCUGAGGAUGAAGACUUAUUUCCCACAAUUUAUAAUUAGAAUAAUGGCAUAUUAAUUUAGAAACAUGGCUAAUACGUGUAUAUCUUAAAAAGGUAAGUGGAUACUUAAUUCGCUUAGAUCUAUUGGCCAAUCGAAUUUUAGGAUUAAUAUAUUUAUGGAAAUCUUACAAACAAUGGAAAUUGCUUGGUCAUUUGGAAUUUUAGGACCAAAAAAAUCCAAAGAUACAGUUUAAUAUGA